ACUCAUUCAAUGAAUUACUUAGCGUUUUGCACGAUGACCUCAAACAUCAAGAUACACGCAUGAGAAAAAGCAUCUCUCCAACAGAAAGGCUGGCUAUAACUUUAAGGUACCUUGCUACUGGUUGUUCAUUUGGUGAUUUUGAAUUAGUAUAUCGAUGUGGUGCGUCAACUGCGAGAUUGAUUGUAAAAGAAACAUGUAAAUUGAUCUAUGCAUCACUUCAAGAUAUCUGCGUACCACAACCAACUGAAGAGAUGUGGAGUAAAAUAGCUAAGGGGUUUGAAGAAUAUGCUAACUUUCCAAAUUGCUGUGGUGCAAUUGAUGGAAAACAUAUAAGGAUUAUUAAGCCUCAAGAUAGCGGAUCCUUAUAUUAUAAUUAUAAACACUAUUUUUCCAUCGUACUUCUAGCUAUCUGUGACGUGAAUUAUAAGUUCACAUUUAUUGAUGUCGGCUCUUAUGGGAAAGCUUCAGAUUCGACUAUCUACAAAGAAUCGAAAUUAUUCAAAAAAUUGGAAGACCAAUCCCUGAAUUUACCUGCACCAAAAGCAAUUUCUAGUAGUUCUGGUCCUGUAAACUACUGUUUUGUUGGUGAUGAAGCUUUUGGUCUUGCAGAACACAUGUUGAGACCUUAUUCAGGAAAACACUUGAAUAUUGAAAAACGACGACGAAUUCGACGACCGAAUGGCGUAGUGAUUGAAAAAAGAAUUUUCAACUAUAGGCUUUCUCGAGCCAGGCGUCAUAUCGAGUGUGCCUUUGGGAUAUUAGUGAAUAAGUGGAGAAUACUACAUCGACCAUUGAAUGUGUCAAUAGAUUUCGCCGAAGACAUCGUGAAGGCCUGUUGUAUACUACACAACUUUGUUCGUCAGAGAGAUGGAUUUAAUUUCCAUCAUACAUUGACUGUACCAGGACUUCACGAUAUCGAUAACGCCCACGUGCAAUCUCGUCGUUCAUUAAACACCAGAGAUAUAUUGAAAGAUUAUUUUAUUAGCAACGAGGGAGCUGUACCUUGGCAAAAUAAUAAAAUAUAAUAAAUAUAUAAUAAUAAUGUAAAAUAAAAUUGUCCAAAAACUUA